AUGGAUUUGGUGAUGGGUAUCUCGAAGACUGCUAAGGGCAAUGAUUCUAUUUGGGUGAUUGUAGAUAGGUUGACUAAGUUGGCUCAUUUCUUACGGAUAAAGAUUAACCAUCCUAUUUCUAAGUUGGCUAAGAUGUAUAUUGAAGAGAAUGUGAGAUUGCACAGAAUACUAUCGAGUAUUGUGUCGAAUGAAGAUCCAAGGUUUACAUCGAGGUUUUGGAAGAGUUUACAAGAUGCUUUGGGAACUACUUUGAGGUUGAUUUCGGCGUAUCAUCCGCAGAAGGAUGGUCAGACAGAAAGUACUAUUCAAUUGUUGGAAGAUUUGUUAAGGGCAUGUGUGUUGGACCAAGGAGGGGCUUGGGUUAGCCAUUUUCCAUUGAUUGUGUUCACCUACAAUAAUAGUUUUCAUGCGAAUAUUGGUAUGGCGUCGUAUGAAGAGUUGUAUGGUAGGAGGUGUAAAACUCUGUUGUGUUGGUAUGAAUCAAGCGAGAGUGCUGUGCUCGAACCUAAAAUUGUGCAAGAAACAAUUGAAAACAUAAGGAUGAUCCAAAGGAUAGGUGAGGUGGCUUAUCAGAUUGCUCUGCCGUCGUCGCUUGCGAAUCUUCAUGAUGUGUUUCAUGUAUCUCAGUUGAGGGGAUAUGUUUUGGAUCCUUUGCAUGUGAUUCAAAUGGACGAUAUUCAGGUAAGAGAUAACCUGAUCGUUGAAGCAUCACCAAUGCGAAUAGAAGAACGAGAAAUGAAACAAUUGCGAGGCAAGGAGAUUGCCUUAGUGAAGGUGUCGUGGGGAGGACCAGCAGGUGAAAGUCUAAUGUGGGAGCGAGAGGACCAGAUGAGAGAGUCUUAUCCGUUGUUGUGUCAAUCAGGAAAUUACUGUGCACGUUUGGGUAGGUUUAGAAGGCAUUUUGUAUGA